UCCUGGCUAGUAGCGAGCGAAGGCGCGCGGAGCUGCAGUGUCUGGCAGAGAAUCCCCGGGGAAGCGUCGCGCCCGGGAGGCAGCCUUCACAGCGCAGGUGGACGCGGCCCGCCGAGUCCGCCAACCGCCGCCCCUCCCCCCGCGGGGGGUCCGGAGCUCAAGAUGGGAGGCACUGCUCGUGGGCCGGGCCGGAAGGAUGCGGGUCCGCCCGGGGCCGGGCUCCCUCCCCAGCAGCGAAGAUUGGGGGAUGGUGUCUAUGAUACCUUCAUGAUGAUAGAUGAAACCAAGUGCCCACCCUGUUCUAAUGUACUCUGCAAUCCUUCUGAGCCGCCUCCACCCAGAAGACUGCAUAUCACUACUGAGCAUUUAACAAGAGAGCAUUCUCAGCACUUUAUGAAUGGAGGUGAGAUAAAAGUAGAACAGCUGUUUCAAGAAUUUGGUAGCAGCAAAUCUGGCACUCUUCAGUCAGAUGGCAUCACCAACUCUGAAAAAUGCUCUCCAAUUGUUUCUCAAGGGAAAAGUUCAGAUAGCUUAAAUAUAAUUAAAUCUAACAGUUCAUCCAAAGCACCCAAAGUGGUACCUCUGACCCCUGAGCAAGCGCUGAAGCAGUACAAACAUCACCUCACUGCUUAUGAGAAGCUGGAAAUCAUCAAUUACCCAGAAAUUUAUUUUGUUGGUCCAAAUGCCAAGAAAAGACAUGGAGUUGUUGGUGGUCCCAAUAAUGGGGGAUAUGAUGAUGCCGAUGGGGCCUAUAUUCAUGUCCCUCGAGACCAUCUAGCUUAUCGGUAUGAAGUGCUGAAAAUUAUUGGCAAGGGGAGUUUUGGGCAAGUAGCUCGGGUCUAUGAUCACAAACUUCGACAGUAUGUGGCCCUGAAAAUGGUGCGCAAUGAAAAGCGCUUUCAUCGUCAAGCAGCUGAGGAGAUCCGGAUUUUAGAGCAUCUUAAAAAACAGGAUAAAACUGGUAGCAUGAAUGUUAUCCACAUGUUGGAAAGUUUCACGUUCCGGAACCAUGUUUGCAUGGCCUUUGAAUUGCUGAGCAUAGACCUUUAUGAGCUAAUUAAAAAAAAUAAAUUUCAAGGCUUUAGUGUCCAGUUGGUACGCAAAUUUGCCCAAUCUAUCUUGCAGUCCUUGGAUGCUCUUCACAAAAAUAAGAUCAUUCACUGCGAUCUGAAACCAGAAAACAUUCUUCUGAAACACCACGGGCGCAGUGCAACUAAAGUCAUUGACUUUGGGUCCAGUUGUUUUGAGUACCAGAAACUUUAUACAUAUAUCCAGUCUCGUUUCUACAGAGCUCCAGAGAUCAUCUUAGGGUGCCGCUACAGCACACCUAUUGACAUAUGGAGUUUUGGCUGCAUCCUUGCAGAACUUUUAACAGGACAGCCUCUGUUCCCUGGAGAGGAUGAAGGAGAUCAGUUGGCUUGCAUGAUGGAGCUUCUAGGAAUGCCACCACCAAAACUUUUAGAGCAAUCCAAACGUGCCAAGUACUUUAUUAACUCUAAGGGCCUACCUCGCUACUGCUCUGUGACUACUCAGGCAGAUGGGAGGGUUGUACUUGUGGGGGGUCGCUCACGUAGGGGUAAAAAGCGGGGUCCCCCAGGCAGCAGAGACUGGGGGACAGCACUGAAAGGGUGUGAUGACUACUUGUUUAUAGAAUUCCUGAAAAGAUGUCUUCAUUGGGACCCCUCUGCCCGCCUGACCCCAGCUCAAGCAUUAAGACACCCUUGGAUUAGCAAGUCUGUGCCCAGACCUCUCACCAUUGAAAAGGUGUCAGGGAAACGAGUAGUUAAUCCUACGAAUGCUUUCCAGGGACUGGGUUCCAAGCUGCCUCCAGUUGUUGGAAUUGCCAGUAAGCUUAAAGCUAACUUAAUGUCAGAAACCAGUGGUGGUAUACCUCUGUGCAGCGUAUUGCCAAAACUGAUUAGCUAACGGACAGUUCAGAGAUGCAUAUGUAUGUAUUUUAAUACUUUGCAAACCUGCAAAUGGAAAACAAUGCAAGCCCAUUGGUGGAUAUGUUUUUGUUAGACUAGACUUCUUUUUUUAAACAAGACAAAACAUUUUUAUAUGACUAUAAAAGAACUCUUCAAGGGCUAAUUACCUAACCAGCUUGUAUUGGCCAUCUGGAAUAUACAUUAAAUGACUUUUUAUAGGUCAAUGCAUCUUUCUUAUUAUCAUCAGAUGUACUUCAACCUGUAUAUAUUCUAUUGGUUUGAAUCUCUUUCUUCCAAGAUGGAUGGGAUACCAAAAAUAUAUGCUCACUACUCCUCUCCUAUCUCCCUCAGUAUCCAUUUUGGAGGGGUAAUUUGGGAAGUUGUGGUAGUUGUAGAUGAGAGAUGCAAAGCUAGAUCUCUUGCUCUGGCAGGCCAUUCUGUGGGCUUAUUCUAAGUGAAGGGGCUCACAGCAGAAUAUGAGGUGAGGGAGCACCUCAAAGCUAUUGGUCACCUGUACAAUUGGUGUCGUUUUUCACUUCCCAUUAUGCACAGUAUUUUUUAUUUAUGUUAUUAUUGCUAUUAUUUUGCCUCAUCUUUGUUCCUGAACACUGAAAGCAUCUUACAGACGUCUCACCACCUUACCAAAAAACCUUGUACGUUACUGCUGGGGUUUGAAUAAGUCUUCCCUAAAGGCCUGUGUAUUGUAUUGAAGGCUUGGUCCCGGCCCUCGGUUCUCUUGGGAGGUAGUAGAACCUAUAAGAAGUGGGUCCUGGUGGAAGUUUUUCAGGUCUACUGGGCAUUUGACCUUGAAGGGAACUGUGGGACCCUCGUUUCUUUCUCUUCCUCUUUGAUUCUCAGGCAUUAGAUGAACGGCUUUGCUCUGCCACCACAAUGUUAUUCCCACCAGAAUGGCCACUGCAGACCCAAAGCAAUGAGGCCAAUUGGUCAUGGAGUGGAACCUUCAAACUGUGAGCCAAAAUAAACCUUUUCUCUUUAUAAAAAUU